GAAAGAUAAAACGUAAUUCAGUACACACGUACUGAAAUUGUGUAUACUCAAAGAUCUUGAAUGGAAUUUAACAGUACUUAAACUCUUAGAAUAUUGUAUUGUUAUCGUAUUGUAAUGUGUAAAUAAACGUAUAAUAAAUAAUUUGUCUUUGCUUCUAAUCAGUUACCGAAUGACGCAAUUUAUGCAACAUGAAAAAAUGAUAAUUGAUGAUAACAUAACCUCUUAUUUUCAUUAUUUUCAACGAGUAGUAAAUAUUCGUCUACGUAGUUCACAGUUUUAUCACGUACGGAAAAAAUUUUAAAGAUGAAAUCCUGGCAGGAAUCGGCAAGUUUGAUAUUAGCAGCACGCCAGUAUGUACAAAAAUAUAAUCCUGCAAGUUGCAAUUACAAAUUGCUAUGGUUGAAACGUCAUCAAAAAUCAAGCUUCAUGCCGGGAAUGUACGUCUUCCCGGGCGGUACCACAGAUGCAGCUGACUCUAGCUUGAAAUGGUGCGAAAUCUUCGCCGCCUUCGGUGUGAACAAUGACAGUUUCGCAUCUCUGGUCCCAAAGAUUGCGGAGCGACCUGAGAUCUAUCGAUCAAGACAAGAUGAACUGCCGAAAGAGAUCUCGCUACGCAUCACGGCGAUUCGCGAGACCUUCGAGGAGUCCGGGAUACUGAUGUGCAGACAUAAAGACGCUGAUACAUCUACUAAUUGGGCUAAACAUGUAUCGAUACCGAAAAAUGAGUUGCAAAUGUGGCAAAGCAAGGUGCAUAACGAUGCUACAGAAUUCCUUACCCUUUGCAAAAAGUUGGAAUGCUAUCCAGAUUUGUGGGCACUGCACGAAUGGAGAAAUUGGUUGACACCUACGACUAUGCCUGUGAAACGUUUCAAUACUAUAUUCUAUUUAGCCUGCAUGCCAUUGAUACCUUAUGCUGAAUACCAAGCCGUUGAAAUGGAGGAUCUAAAAUGGGAAAUGUCAGAAGAUCUCUUCUCAUUGAAUAUUACACUUCCACCGCCACAACAAUAUGAAAUUGCAAGAUUAAGUAAAUUUAAAAGUAUAGAUAAGCUACUAGAUUUUGCCAUGGAACGUAAUACAGAAGAAGUGCUGCAGUUGUAUUUACCGGUACUUACAAUCCUAAAAGAUGGUAUCGUGUACGUCUUUCCUGGAGAUACAAUGUAUCCAAAGGAUGUUAACUUAUUAGACGAACAGCAAAUUGAUAAACCAGAUAUUACCAGAUACGAAUAUCGGGAGAUGACACCAAUAAAAAAUCGAAUGGAAUAUUGGAUUACACAUAAUAAAGUAAUUUUUACUGAUAUACAUGGUAAAGAUAAUUAUGUGGAAAUUUCAAUGCCUGGUUACAGAAAAGAUUCACAUGGAAAUACUAAAAAUAAGCUCUAAAAUAAGGUAUAAAAAAAUAUUUUUUUGUUUUUGGGGUUUUUUAAUCAAAUUAUUUUUAUGCAUAUUAUAACUUGAUAAAAUAUUUAGAAUACAAGUAAACAAGUUUAUCUUCUUGAAACAAUUACAGGAGAAAUAUUGUUAUAUUUUUGUAAAAUGUUAAAUUGUUUUGUAUCUUUGUACAAUGAAUUGUUAACAAACUAUACAUGUGAAGUCAGAUUAUAUCAAAUCUCAUCAAUUGUAUAUAAACUUAAUACCUAAAUUUUUCAAAAAAUAUGAUUGUAUAUACACUAAAUAGAUACAUACAUAUACAGGGUGUCCCAGACCUCCUGCACUAUCUGCUAAUAGCAGAUUAGAUUAUUUGAAGAUGAUUUUUCCUCAGCAAAAAUGUCGAGGCAUCAAUAAUUUCUGUGUUAUAAACGAUUAAAAAAGGAGGGUUUUUUUGCAAACUACUUUCUGUAGAGAGUUAAAACUACAUUCUUUAGUUGAUUUUAGAUAGAGUUUACUGUAAUAGAAAGAAUUAUAAUUUAAGGCUUAGUUACAAAGAUGCAAAAAAACUUAGUUGAAAACUUGCAAAAAAAGAAAAGACAUUUUCGCUGAGAAAAAAUCAUCUGGAUAGGUCUUGGAUACCCUGUAUACAAAAUUUAUGCAGCGUGUUUUAAAAUUGGCGGCUGUUUUGUAUCUAAAAAUGGCGUUUUGUAAAUAAAGCUUAAAUUUUUAA